AUGGGCCGAGGAUUAGAUGUCACGUACCAGCUGGUGUCAAAAAUCUGUCCCUUGAUGAUCUCUCGUAAGCACUGCGUUUUCCAGCAAAAUGCAGAAGGGCAGUGGACUGUCAAGGAUAACAAGAGUCUAAAUGGAGUCUGGCUUAACAAACAGCGCCUGGAUCCCUCAAAAGCCUAUCCUAUUGCUGAAGGAGACCGUAUCCAGUUGGGAGUGCCUUUGGAAAACAAAGAGACUGCUGAAUAUGAAUAUGAAGUAAUUAAAGAGGAAUGGGAGAAAAUCAAACCCUUUUUAGCCCAAAGGAGUGACCUGGGGAAAGCUAAGUGUUCAAGAACUAAACGUAAAUUUAGUUUGGAGGAAGUGGAGUUAUCUGGCUCAGAAGGCCCUUCGAACUCUAGACCCAAAAGAGACAGAGUGUCCUGUGGUAAUGAGCCUUUGAGUAAAUCAUGGGGGAGGGUAGAAGAGGCCAAACAGUUAACAGAGAAGAUGGAUGUCAAGCUCCCUGCUCCUGGACCAAGUGAGGAUAGUGGUCCAGUGCCUAGUAGCCCUGUACACUCCGAGAAGACCACAUCUGUCACCCAUAAGGACCAGAAAAGUUCUGGUCUUACCCAGUCGUGGACUGGAUUGGAAAUGCUGAGGAAAACUCUGGCAGAUAUAAUGAAGUUAAAGGUCAAAGUGCAGGAAAAGCAGACAGCGGUUCUGAAUGUGAAGCAGACGCGCAGGAAGUGUGCUCAGAAGGAGAUCCUGGCGAUGGAGCAGGAACUGCGGGUGUUGCAGGACCAGCUGUACAUGGAACAAGAACAUCAUCAUCAGCAGGUGGAAGAGCUGGAGAGGACUUUCUCUAAAGAGCAGCAGCAGCAGCUAGAGGAAGUAAAGUGGCAACAUGGGGAAGAGGAUCUGAAGGAGCAGCUGGCCCAGGUCCUGCAAGAGCAUCGUGCUUUGAUGGAAGAACUGAGCCGUAGUAAAAAAGAUUUCGAAGAGAUAAUUCGAGCCAAGAAUAAAGAACUGGAAGAAACCAAGGAGGAGAAGGAAAAGGUGAGAGCCCAAAAAGAAGAGGUGUUGAACCAGAUGAAUGAUGUGUUGGAGAAUGAGUUGCAGUGCACAAUCUGUUCGGAGCAUUUUAUCGAGGCAGUCACUCUGAACUGUGCGCACAGCUUCUGCUCCUACUGUAUCAACGAGUGGAUGAAACGUAAAGUGGAAUGCCCUAUCUGCAGGCGGGAGAUCAAAUCAAAGACACGCUCUCUGGUGCUGGAUAACUGCAUUGACAGGAUGGUAGAAAAACUGGAUGUGGAAAUGAAAGAGCAUCGCCUGACCCUUAUCAGAGAGCGGAAAGAGAAACAGAAUGUGUUGGUGAAACCAGCCACAGACAAUGACAGCAGUAUCAUUUCUUCUAUCUACUCCGUCUUGUGGAUGAGUGGUUUUGAGAGUGCGGACUCUGAGGAGUAUUCUGACUUCAAUGGAAGCUACUACUACAUUAUCUAACCACUGAUACUGCAGACUUGUUUGCCUGUGUGCUGCCCAGAACCAAACUAAUGG